AUGGAGACCUCCCUGAACCGCUGCCUCGAGGCCACCGGCGCGAACUUCGGACGAGCAUCGGCGCGGUUCGGGCCCUGGGCAGGCGCGGAGGAGCGUGCCGAGGAGGAGGCUGCCGCGCCCGUCUACCGCAGCGCCAAGCCUCCAAGCUCCGACAUGCCACGGCUGACGCGCGGCUUCAGUGUGCACGUCCCGUGGCUCGGGCGCAUCUCUGGCGGGACGAGCGCGCAGAAGCGGCUGCAGACGCUGGCUGUCUUCAGCUUCUCCCUCUACGGGUUGCUGCCACUCAUCGCAAUCUCGUGGUUUGUCGUGCUGCUCUGCCUCAUCAAUCCACUCACGUUGCCGUUCAUACUCGGCUACCUCUACUUCGUAUUCGUCGCGGACAAGGCGCCCACGGCGGGAUCUCGCGCGCCCUUCCUGCGCCAGCUCACUACCUGGUGGCACGCCUACUGCGACUACUUUCCCAUGCUGCUCGUGAAGACGGCAGAGUACGUGCUCGGCUACCACCCGCACGGCAUCAUCUCGGUCGGCGCGUUCGGCGCCUUUGCCACCGACGGCGCGCGGACCCUCUCCCUCGUCGCCAGCGGUGCGCAGCCCCGCGAGGGGCGCGGCUUCAGCAGCCUCUUCCCCGGCAUCGAGCGGCGGCUGGUGACGCUGCCAAUCAACUUUACCGUGCCGUUCGGGAGGGAGUACAUCCUUUCGAUGGGGGCGUGCACGUCGGACAAGGCGACCUUCCGCUCCGUGCUCGGCCGAGGCAGCGGCUCGGCGGUCGUCGUCGUCGUCGGCGGCGCCGAGGAGUCGACGAUGGUGACGCCCGGCCAGAUCGACCUCGUCCUUGAGCGGCGCAAGGGCUUCGUGCGCGAGGCGAUCAUGGCGGGCGCCUCGCUCGUCCCCGUGCUCGCCUUUGGCGAGAACGACCUGUACGCCGUCUUCCACACCGACGACACGCACCCGAUCGCGCGGCUGCAGAGGGUGGUGCGGCGGCACUUUGGCGUCGCCCUGCCGCUCUUCCGAGGCCGGUCCAUGUUCAUCACCGAGUUCGGCCUCAUGCCCAACCGCAAGCCCAUCGCCAUUGUGGUCGGCGGGCCGCUCGCGCCGCCACCGCUCGACGACGCGCGCCGGGCUGCCUUCCGCCCAAAGUGGGGCCCCGACGACGCCCCUUCCAACGACGACGCGCGGAUGGUGGACGCGAUGCACACGGAGUACGUCGACGCCCUGUCCGCGCUCUACGAGGCGCACAAGGAGCAGCCGUGGAACCUCGCCGGCAUCAACCGGCAGGGCACCUUCAGGGUACUCAAGUGA